GCGGCGGCGGCGGUCAUGGAGGAGAGCGGCGCGAGCGCGAGGGCGGCGGUGCCGCGGCUGAUGGCGGCGAAGGCCGAGUCCGGGAAGAGCUUCUCGGACAUCGCGGCCGAGACGGGGCUCACCAACGUCUACGUCGCGCAGCUCAUGCGGCGCCAGGCGCAGCUCAAACCCGAGACGGCGCCCGCGCUCCGGGCGGCCGUCCCGGCGCUCACGGACGAGCUCCUGGAGCAAAUGAUGCGGCCGCCUUUCCGGUCCUACCAUCCGGACAUCGUCCACGAGCCCGCCAUAUACAGACUGAAUGAAGCUGUUAUGCAUUUUGGAGAGAGCAUCAAGGAAAUCAUCAACGAGGACUUCGGGGAUGGAAUUAUGUCGGCUAUAGACUUCUACUGUUCAGUUGACAAGGUUCAAGCGGCUGAUGGGAAAACUCGUGUGGUAGUCACAUUUGAUGGGAAGUAUCUGCCAUACACUGAGCAGAAAUCUGAACAUAUGUCGGCGAGGGCGGACAGCAACAUAUCAUGAGAUGACUGGUGCUGGCGAAAGACGAUGCAGUAACAUACUGUGGGAUCUGAUUGUAAUUUAGACUUGGAAAAUAACGUAUCAUGGUUUUUCUAACCUGAAUUAUCGACAAAUAAACAGUAUGUAUCCAUGUACGCAUGAAUUGUUAAAGGUACAUCUUGUAUCAUUGUAUUCCACAUAAUGGAUACUACACUCGUGACUUGCAGCUUGCAAUUUAUUGUGCUGAAAGAAAAAAUCUGAGAAAUGUAGUGUGGAUUUGUUUUCU